GACACAUUCUCCCAGAGAAGACACAUUCUCCCAGAGAAGACACAUUCUACCAGAGAAGACACAUUCUACCAGAGAAGACACAUUCUCCCAGAGAAGACACUCCAAAACAGAGGAAGAACACAACAUCGCAGACACUAGUCUCCAACGACACAAAAUGGCUUCUAAAUACAUCACAAAAAUUGCAAUCUCCACUACCCCUGGAAGGGAGCAAGAGCUUUGUGGCCAAGGCUUUCACAAGAUGGAUGUCAACCUCAACAAAGGCAAUUUAUCCACCACAGUUUAUAUGUGGUACAGAAAGGACAAUGGUAAACCCAUCACCAGAGUCCAGUUUUCAUUCACUGAUGAAAUGAAAGAUGACCUGCGAGAAGCAGGGUUCAUUGAGCUCCCAGAAAACCUCAACUAUGGAGCACAAGGAGACGUCAUCCAGCUGUGGUACUCUAGUGGUGCAAGCCCUGACUACGACAUUCCCAUUGAAGGUCUCUUCCUCACCACUAAUGAGAAAGAAGAGGCCGCUCAAUUCAAGCUCGGCUGGGAAAUCCUACCAUGCAAUCUGAACCGCGGUAACCAAGGUGCUUUCAUCACCCUCUGGGUGAAGAGAAAGAGUAAGACCUACAUCUGUGACGUUGCUGCCACCAUCUCAGGUCAACAAGAAGACAUCAACCUUUUCAACAAUGGCUACAUCCGGAUGGAUGAAGAUCUCAAUAGAGGUUCUGGAGGAAAACCCAUCUUCCUCUGGUACCGUCAAUCCACCAAAAUGGACGGUGGGCUCACCGAGAUGACUGUAUCCAUCAACCCUGCUGAUGAUUCCAUCCUACAGAAGCGUGGUUUCACCGUGGUGGAUGUUAACCUCAAUGAUGGAACAAGCGGUCAGCCAGUGAUGGUCUGGAUCAAAAAAAAAGUUGGAUCUCCCCCUAUCAAGGCCUUGACCGUUACAUCCAACCCUGAUGCACCUGGCCCUUAUGACCAGGUCGGCUUGACCCUCAUCGAUAAAAAUCUGAAUGCUGGCAACAGUGGUACGCCCCUCUUCCUCUGGUAUGGCAAUUAAAAACCUGAGUUGGAGAGGCAGAAUCAGCCCAAAAUUGUGCCAGAUAUUAGCUUUUGCAUGGCAAUUUAUCUGUUUAAUUUUAAAAUAUUUUUCUGACACUCAAUGUUAUCUUUUAUGUCAUAAAGUCACUGUCAGAGAUCAUUUAGAAAGUUUUCUUUAAUGUUUUUUUCAAUCAAUUAACAAUUGAAUUAUAGAAAUUAUAUUUUAGCAGCAGGUUUAAUUCUUCUGAAUAUACCAAGGGGUUGUAAGGUUUUAUAUUACAUUGUGUUAGUCAGAUAUUAUUUUGAAAAACCUGAGUAAAGUAAUACAAUUAAAAUGAUUCCUGUGUAACACUGAUCAUUAUGUUAAUCAAUAAAGAAAGCAUAUCAAAUGAGAACAUUGUACCUUUUAAUUAAUCAAAUGCUUGACCUUAUCACAAAGGCCUGAUAACACCUACUGUACAUUAUCAUGUCUAUUAUAAUGACCAGAAAUGGGAGAGGACAAAGCUCACAGAUGCACACUAAGGUUGAUAAUGUAAUAAUCUGAUAACACCUACUGUACAUUACCAUGUCUAUUAUAAUGACCAGGAAUGGGAGAGGACAAAGCUCACAGAUGCACACUAAGGUGGAAAAUGUAAUGAUCUGAUAACACCUACUGUACAUUACCAUGUCUAUUAUAAUGACCAGGAAUGGGAGAGGACAAAGCUCACAGAUGCACACUAAGGUGGAUAAUGUAAUGAUCUGAUAACACCUACUGUACAUUACCAUGUCUAUUAUAAUGACCAGGAAUGGGAGAGGACAAAGCUCACAGUUACACACUAAGGUGGAUAAUGUAAUGAUCUGAUAACACCUACUGUACAUUACAGUUUAUAUUAUAAUGACCAGGAAUGGGAGAGGACAAAGCUCACAGAUUCACACUAAGGUGGAUAAUGUAAUGAUCUGAUAAAUAACAUUCCUAAAGGUUUGUUUCACUGAUAACUCACAUUUGACAACGUCUGGGUGCCUUGCAGAUUGUAGGAUAUGUUUUCUUUGACUUGAUCAUCCAGUCUUCUAGAUAUCGAUAUGAUUUGUUUUGGCUCUCAAUGCAAUAUUUCCGUGGUGCAAAACAGCACAGAUUAUAAGAACAAUUAAAAUCCAAUCAGCGUGAUUUAAUUUGAAACGUUUUUUAACAAUGUGCGUUAAAUCUGUAGUUUAAAAAACAAGUAGCCACCCUGCCACUGUUUUGGUAAACAGGGGAUGGGGCUGGAGAAAUGUAACCACUCAAAUGCAUAGACAGAGCUAUGGAUGUAAGGACUGACCAUCCAUGAUAUCAACGUUAGUUUUAACCAUGUUUUGAGGUUGUUUGUUUACAAUUACAUCGUUUACAAACAAAGUAAAUCAACAUUGUAUCGU